AUGCAACGAGUCCGCAGUGAAUACAGUAUUCUUGGAACGUAUGAAGACGGAGUCCAGGCAAUCCGUGCCUUUAUGGAUUUUGCACCCAAAACUCUCAUGUCUUUUACGUUCAACCCCCACACUGGAAAAUCUGUUCUCGUCAUUGAUGGUGUGGUGCCUCUGCAGGAACUUUGGCGAGAACCAAAGAAUGUGAACAUUACCAUUCGUGGUUGUUUCUACCUAUGCUAUGCCACAUUUCCUACCCUACAAUGUGUGCGUGUUGGCAACACACAUGUUUUUGAGUUGGAAGGCCACAGUUGGGGGAAGGGUGUGAUGCAGGCCAAGAAUUUUGUCAAGCUGACCAACCACACACACGGGGCGUUUCCUUCUGUGAUAAAAGAGACACGCUUCUACAAUACACCCUCGGUUGCCAACAUGUUUUUCACCAUGGUGAAUAAAUUCAUUCCACAAGAAGUGUCAGACAGACACAAAGUGGGCUGCAAGUUUUCAGGAGGUAGACUGUCCAAUUUCUACAUGGUGCCUACACCUGAAGAAGCCUCCCAACGGACUUUUUUGAACAUCUGCAUCGGCCUCAAGAUUAGGAUGGAAUCUGAAAAGGCAUUUUCUCUGGAUGAUUUCAAACCUCCAGCUAAAGAGGGCUCUGAGACUCUUGGGAAUCCGGAGCGCCUGUUGUGCUGGUACAGUGUGGAGAACAAGGAAAGAGUGGAGAACGAGAAAAGGACGAAGACUACUAACUGA